AUGCCUCGACCGGGGAAAAGAGGUGGUGUCUCCAGACCGUUCACUUCAAAACCUGCGGAGCCACCUCGGCAGCUCGAAUUUGUGUACGAUAGUGAUGAAGGAUUAUUACCGGAAAUCGAGCGGCUGACGGCACCUCCAGGAAGCUCUAAAGAAGCCAUGGAUCAGUCGGAUUCCGAAGAAAAAGCUGCUCGAUCUAACAAUGCUGGCUAUUGUGUUGCUUGUAAGGAAGGAGGAGAUCUUCUUUGUUGCGAUAUGUGCCCUGCAUCUUUCCAUCUAUCCUGCCAAGACCCGCCAAUAACAGCCGAUCAAGUCCCGCCAGGAAAAUGGCUAUGUAAUCGUUGCGAGAAAACGCCCGUACAUCUUCGAACUGAAAAGAAAAAGGGCGGAGAGUACGGCGAGCUCGAGCGGAAUCGAAUGACGAUCCGAAGAGUCUGGAAAGAGAAUGAAACUGAAAAGCUUGACCCGUUGAGCUUAUUGGCCAAAACUGCCCUUGCACUGAAUCCAACAGCUUACGAGCUGCCUGAAAGUAUUGCCCCUCGCUACGAGCUUCCAAAUGACGCAUUGCCAAAUGGGAGACAACGAACGGAUACUCUGAUUUGUGUCAAGUGUCAAAGAUAUUCUCGAGAGAACAACCCGGUGAUAGACUGUGAUUUUUGCCCGUUGGGAUGGCAUCUUGAUUGUCUCGAUCCGCCUUUGACGAUGAUGCCGAAGGAUAAAUGGAUGUGCCCGGAGCAUAUUGAGCAUAUGGUGGAUCGCUUCUGUCUGAAGAGCACCUCGUUGACGCAUCGGAUGCGGAUGUGGGAAGAACAUGCCCAACAACCCGUUGACGCGGAAAUUACUGAGAAAGCUUUCUUUAAAGCUGUUCGCGAAAGAGUGCCGCAACAUCUGAACCCCCUGAAGGCGAAGAAGAGCCGAAAUGAUCCGACUGGAAAUCCGAUCCUACAGCAGCUUUGUCGGGCCGCCAAGGCGACUACGGCUGCAGAAUGCUUUGCUGCUUUCAAAGGCGCUAGUGGAUCUGCGGUUCCAGAAGAGGAGAAGCCAAAGACGUAUCCGAAUGCCAUUGAUGUCAGAGACCUCCCAGGGCCUUCGACAAGAAAUAAUUUGGAGCCGAAAAGAGAGGGAAAGGCUGCGGAUACAAAUGAUAUUGUUUCCUCGCUCGUUGCCUCGAUAUACAAUAGUCAUGAGGAGAAAAUGGCGCAACUCGGAGGCUCUGACGAAAAACCGCAACCACCGGUCAACAAAAAAGAAUGUCAAGGGCUGAAAGAGAUUUGUAAAGUCAAAUUUGCCACCUCGUCCGACCCGAGAGAUCGAGUGAUUUUUCAUCUAGCUGCCGAGAGAUUGGAGCAGAUUAAAAAUGAGGUCUCAGCCCUCGGCCAGCGAGCCGGAAAACCCGUAAAAGCCGUCACAUUAGACGAUCAUUUGACGGAGUUGAACCAAUAUCGGGAGAGUCGCAAAGUAGACAAUCUAUCCGAGGCGCGGCGCGAGCUCAGCGAGGAGGCCGACGGGCCAAACAAGAUCGCGUGGUGGGAGGGGCGCUGGUCCAAAGAAUAUCCCAAGGAGGAUGGCGCCGUUGCCGCUCCCAAAAGUGAUCCCGCCGAAAAACCUCGCCCCUCCCGCGGCCGUGGCCGCCCAAGGAGUUCUGGUACUACCACAGGCGGAACCGGUCGUAAAAGUGAAUCAACUGCGGGACUCGCAACAACAGAAUGGGGUACCGCCGAGGGCACCGGAGAUGAUGGGCAAACUGGACCUUCUCCUUCAAGCAGCAGCUCUGGCCGGGGACUACGUGGGUACACCGGUCCAAUGAGGGGCAGAGGAUCUAGAGGCGGCAAAAUCCCCGGCUUCCACCCUCAACAAUUACCCCUACAAUCAACUACACCCUCGACAACCCCUCAAAACUCCACCUUCCGCCCGCUGCUUGUCCCCGACUACAAAUUACUAGCCAAAACCCUGACGCACCUCCCGAAAAAUCUGAAAGACAAAGAACUGCAGCUGUUUAAGGAAUAUAAUCAGACCCACAUGGCCCUCCUCGCCCAGCCGAGCUUCGCCGAACCCGAGCUCUCCAAGCUGAUCCGGGGCCAUUUGGUGGCACAAAUGCGAGUGGCUCAUGUGCUCGAGCCGCUUUCCAUUGCUACUGAUUAUUUUCUAUAUCAUUUGUCAACCCAAAACCGCCUCCCAAAAACGAUCCUCGCCCAGCCAGCACCCCCGGAAAAUGUUCAUUGUACAAAAUUUACGCAACAAGAACUCGAAGAACUCAUCUCACCCCCAAUAAUUGGAGCCGCAUCUUUAAUACAUGAUCAUCUCUACAUCGCCACCCACCGCCAGCAAGUCUUUCUCGCCUACGAUUCCGCCCGAAUCCGCGCAUUCCAAAAGGCCAAACUCCUCGCCGUCCGCGAAUCUCAUGUCAAUCGACCGCUACCCCUCCCUGCGCCCGUUCUUCCACAGCAACAAGCUCCACCUCCUCCUCCUCAAAACAACCAUCACCAUCAGAUGCAUCAGAUCAUGAAACGAAAGAUCCCCGUCCUCUCUGAAGCCCCGGAACCCAAGAAAUCCUAUGUACCAAAUGGCAAUCAUCAACCAAUUCUUAAAGAACCAACAAAACCGAUCGCAUAUCUGAAAGCACCUCCCCCAAUCGCCAUCCCACCCCCGAAAAAAGUCGAAAAGCCGAUAGAAAUUGUUCAGAAGCCAACUAUAAACUCCAAAGUCGAACUGCUGGUCGACCCGGAAAUUGAACGCCUAAUGUCGGAGAUGAUCAACAGAGUCUGUGAUGAAGAUGAAAAACGAAUAUCGAAAAAUCGCCAACUGGAUAGUGUACUUGAUGAUGUUGUUAGAAAGGCAUGCGCCCAGCAAACCGGCAAGAAAAUGGAGCUCAUGGUGGAGGAUGUCAUCAAGAAGGUUAUCGCCGAAAAACUGGCGGAAGAUCGACAACGAGAAGCCAUGGCCAGGCAACCGGCCAUAUUUACGGCUAGCCAAUGUCAAGCAAACUUCGAAGAACAAUUCCUAAAACUACAAGAAAGAAAAGAGCGCGAUCGAGCGAGAGAAGAAAAGAAAGAAAAGCUGAUGCGAUUGAGGCAAUUGGAUGAGGAGAACAACCUGAAAAUCGCCCGCGAGACGUUGUUACGCCGCCCUGUACUUGUUGAUGAUGAGCCCUACGAAUUUGGAAGAGGUCUUGGAUGUGAAUAUGAUACAAGAUAUUUCAACGAAGACCUCCCCAUUAUGGCCGAGCUUCACCCGGAAUUCGGCUCGACAAAGCCGUUUGCCAUUCAGCGAUUCGUUACUACGUUGGGCACUGAUGCGAAUUGUCACAUCCAACUUGACGAGCUCGUGGAGGGGUUUUGUUUCGCCCUUUCCGAGCGGCAUGCGGAUAUUGUUUUUGAUGAGAAAAACUACCGUUUCCAACUGCGAAUCGGGGCUGAAUCGCGCGUUCUGGUCAAUGGCGAUUGUUACGGUGGCCCAUCUUCAUUCCCCAGCGAAUGUAUAUGUGGGAAAAGAGGCGGCAAAGAAUUGAAGCCAAUAAGCCAAGCUGUCUGGCUGACCGACGGGAUGUGGCUUCGUUUUGGGUGUGCGCUGUUCCUCUUCCGUACUCGCUACACCCCGGUUCCGGAUGAUGUUGAUGUACUG